AUGCGUCAAUCCGUCCCCGUGACGGUGCUUGUCAUGGCCCUUAUCGAGUUUACUUCGAGCAUCAACGCUGCCAAUGGUACGGAACGCGAUGGAAAGAUGCGUCGCACCCUCCAAGACGGCAGAAAGGAGACGACGAAUAGUCUGGUCAUCGCGGAAACCGAGGAAAGGAGAUUUAAGAUUCCGGGUCUCAGCAAACUGUCGUCACUCUUCAAGAAGAACCCAAAAAUCGGUAACGCUAUUGCCUCGAAUCCGUCGAUCACUGAUGCCCUCAAGGACCCUAAGGUCGCCAAGACGAUCACAACUCUCAAGGGUCAACCCGGGUUCCUGGAGAAGCUAAGAAGAACCUCCACAUACAAAGAAAUUGCGCCCAAGCUGAGGACGAACUCUCUCACCCAGAGCGACAUCGAGCAUCUUGGAGAAGAAACGGUGAAAGCCUCCGGUAAAAAGGGUUACAUGUAUGACAUGGUUUUUGCGGCUGCCGCGACCAUAGUGGGCUUGGUCGCUAUUGCUCUCGUUUCCAACAAUGUCCAUGUGUGGGGCAAAUAA